ACUAGUAUUUGUUUGUAGUGUAUUGCAAAGCUAGCUACUUUACACGCGGAUACCGUUGCUCUGUAUCAGUAGUCACCAUCGAUCCUCUGAGAACCUUGACUUGACUGCAACAAACAAAUUGACGACACUGAUGCACCCAUCUCUAAAAUCAACAAUCCCUAUUACCUCCCACAUCCUUUUCAAACAAGGAACAAUUCACUUGUCACUUUCUCACUACCUCUUCGGUCUCGUCUGAAGCCUCUACCACACAAUAAUACUUGCUGUUUCAUUCCAUUCCAUUUCACCGACAACACAAUGGACACGGUGGGUUCUACCAGGCUGGGUCGAGCUUCCUCUCGCUACGGUGCACCCGCAGUCUUCAGUGGUCCUGUCAGAAAAUGGGAGAAGAAAUGGGUACAUGUUUCUCCUUCUUCCUUUAACAACAACAAAAAUAGUAAUGCUUCGUCUCGUUUACUUCUUCGCCGUUGGACUCCGGUUACCAACCGUUCUUCCGCUGAGGAGGCCUGUGAUGUCUCCGAUGAGCCACCCAGAAGGAAGUUUCGUUAUACUCCUAUUGCAGUGCUUGAAGAACAGAAAAAGGGAGCUGUGGAAAAGGUUGAAAAGGAACCCACAAUUGAGACUGACCAAUUGACAGAUAGACAGACAAAUGUGAAUCGUGAGGUGCACAGGAAACUGAAUAUGAAUGAAAUUUCAGAGGACUCAAAGGAUUCAAACAUGAGUAAGGUGGAUCUUGGUUUGGACUUCCAAGGAAACAAUGGUGAAAACAGCCAGAACAGCGAUGAUCCAGUGGGUGGUCCAUGAACAAAGAAUCUUGGAAUUAUGUAGUUAAGAUUUUGUAUAUAGUAAGAACUUGGCUCUUAACUAGUGCUAUACGCAUGAGCAAUGAGCAACUAGUGUAUAUCAGCAAGUUGCAUUAUGUGAUAUGAAUCAUUUGAGGCUCUGUUUAGUACCUGUAGUGUAGACAGACAACAGUACUAUAUGUAAAUAUAAAAUCUCAAAAUGUGGUCUUUUGUGUUUUUCUUUUCA